UUCAUGUGCAAUGUUUCUUCAUUACUAAGCAUACGUAUAUGGGUGCAUGUUAUUCAUGGCCCAUGGAUUAUUCCCUUUCUAUUAUUAUUCACACGGUCACACCAACCAUUGUAAUAUAUAUAUGUAUCAUGCAUGUAAUGGACGAAAUAAGCUACGAACUAUUUCCUUCAUAUGAAGUCUUGUUCUCUCAGUACAAGUUCUUAUUUUUAUCAUUAAUGUUUUAUUUAAUUUUAACAUGGUAUCAGAGCCAAAACCUGGAAAUUAGAGUUUAGCCAUUUGUUAAAAUCCCAAACUAUUAUCUCUUCUUCCCUUCAAGUGUUCAAGCCAGCAUGGAAGGAAGACUGCCGUACACUAGCACCUGGAUAAUUGAUUCAGGGGCAAGUGAGCAUAUCACUUGUGAUGAUAAAAAUUUGUUCAACAUUUUGAUUCAACCUUCUCAGCCAGCGGUCCAGAUUCCAAAUGGUGAAUUUGUUCCUGUUUCCGCAGUUGGCAGCAUAUACCUACCUAAUGGGCUCUACCUUCGACGUGUUUUAUAUGUGCCGCAGUUCCGUUGCAACUUGCUCUCAGUCAGUCAACUCACUAGCGAUCUUAAUUGCACAUUCACAUUUUCCUCCGAUUUAUGUAUUUUGCAGAACACCUCUUCAAGAAAACUAAUUGGUGUGGGAAAACUCUGCAAUGGCCUCUAUUACAUAGAGGAACAAAGAAGUGAAGGGAUAGCAAUGUCUGUUGCUUCAAGUUCAGAUUUAUGGCAUCAACGUUUAGGACAUGCUUCAGAUGGGAAAUUACAACACAUCACAUCCAUCAAAGAUUUCAGACGGAACAACAAUUUUUGUGAUCCAUGUCUGAGAGCUAAGCAAACUCGCUUGCCUUUUCCGGAAAGUACCAGUAAGACCACUCAUUGCUUUGAAUUGAUACAUUGUGAUAUAUGGGGAGGUUAUAGAUGUGAUUCAACUUCCGGAGCACGCUAUUUUUUGUCUAUUGUUGAUGACUUUACUAGAGGCGUUUGGGUUUAUCUUAUGAAAAAUAAAUCUGAGGUUUGCCAAAAUUUGAUACAUUUCUGCAAUAUGGUAGAAAAUCAAUUUGGACAACGGGUUAAGCGUGUACGGUCAGAUAAUGGAGUGGAAUUUAAGACAACCUUUUUAUCUGAAUAUUAUAAACAACGCGGGAUUAUUUUGGAAACAUCAUGCACAGACACUCCUCAACAAAAUGGAGUUGUGGAGCGAAAGCAUAGGCAUAUUUUAGAGGUUGCUCGGGCCCUUCGUUUUCAGUCUGGAUUGCCUAUUGAUUUUUGGGGGGAAUGCAUCCUCACUGCCGUUUACAUCAUUAAUCGGCUGCCAUCACCCGUCAUUUUAAAUAAAAGCCCUUAUGAGAUGUUAUUUGGGAAGGAACCUAACUAUAAACACUUGCGUGUUUUUGGAUGUUUAGUGUAUGCACAUAACAACAAACGCAAAGACAAAUUUAGUGAAAGGGGGAGUCCUUGUGUGUUCCUCGGAUAUCCAUAUGGUCAAAAGGCUUAUCGGGUAUUUGAUUUACAAAAACAAAAUACAUAUACCUCUCGAGAUGUGACUUUUAUUGAGAGUGAGUUCCCUUUUAAAAAUAUUGAUCAUGAAGGGCUUGAUUUUGGUACUAUUAUUAAUCGUGUGUAUCAAAAGAUUGUGGGGCCUGGCACUAUACCUUCUUUUGGAGAUAGCCAUACUAUGGCCGAACAACGCCAAGAUGAUGCCAAUAGCAGAAAAGUCAACAGGCAGCAGUUGAGUGGUCCCUCUUCAGUGAUAAUGGACUGCCUGGACUCCUUGGAAUUCAUUUACGGUCACCAGGAUGACUACGUGGGUGGAUCCAAGCAACCUCCUGGAAGAAGCCAAACCGAGCAACAUCCUGGAACGAACAAUUCCC